AAACAAUCGUUCAUCAUGUUGUCUUCCAUCCCCAGCUACGGAGCCGCUCCCUUGAGCAAGUUGUUCUGCCUCACCCGAGUCCUUCAAGUCGUCGCCAUGAUCGUCAUCAUUGGUAUCACAUCCAACUUCGUCGAUCUGAUCGUCUCGACUGGUGUCGAGCCCCCCAAAGAAUUCGUCGGCACCCUCAGCGUCACUUGCAUCGCAACCCUCUACAUCUGCGUCAGCAUCGCCUUCUUCUGGUCCGGCGCCAACCUGGGUCUGUUCGUCAUGUCGGCCGUAGACUCGCUCCUCCUGAUCGCCUUCAUCGUCGUCGCCGUCACCGUCGGAAAGCCCCUUUCCUACCUCAACUGCUACGUCAUUGGCAACGCGAACAAGGCCGCCGAGGCGCAGUCCGCGUACGCAUUCACCGUCUCCGUCGCGCAGAACCUCAACCACUCCGGCUCGAACCUCGAUCUCCGCCACUGGGCCGGCACGACCAAGGCGAACUGCUUCCAGGCGAAGACUAUCUGGGGGUUGAGCAUUGCGCUUUGGUAAGUCUGGAGAAGAGUGGCCAUCGUUCUGUAUUAGAAUACGGAGCUAACUUUUCUGAUAGCAUUUUGUUCACCGUUUCUUCCAUUCUUCUCCCUUCGCUGUUCUACAAGAACAAGAAGGCGAACACUGCCCCCAAGUCGGUUGAGGCUUAGGCGGUGAUGCGGC